AACAACCAACUGAUUAUUUACCAGCAGGGUAAGUAAAGACAGCCAACCAAGAACGGAAGCGUAAACACCACCACUGGAGCGCGCCGAUGUCUCCAAUAGCAACGAUAUCACUUAGCACCUGAGCCAAAAUGCAUAACAAAACAGAGUUAGAAUUUUCAUUAGUUUUUCGAAAAGCGACGGUAAAUGAAAGGACAAAUUAUACACACUGGCAUACAAUUCUUUAAAAGAAUCUCAAAAAUGUUUGAGAAACGAGAUAAUAAACAAGCAGGCGAUAAACGUGAGACUAUACAAGAUAUCGCCAUAAAAUUAGCUGAGGAACAAUUGCGUACCUUGCAAGCGGAGAGUGGACCUAAGGAGCGCACCGUUUUCGUUUUGGGCAGCAAAGGUGCCGGCAAAUCCACAGCGCUGCAUAAAUUCUUCGAACGCGAGGACAAUCCGCGACCCACACUUGCUUUGGAAUAUUCGUACGGCCGCCGCACGAGUGGCACACAAAAGCAGGUGCUGAAUGUUUGGGAACUCGGCGCGUUGGACAAUGCAGAGCAAUUGAUUUCAGUGCCCUUACGCACACAUGGACUCGAGAACUUUGCGGCCAUUAUAAUGUUGGAUCUCUCGCAGCCGAAGCGCGUCUGGCCUGAAUUGGAGCGCAUAUAUCAGGCAUUACGCAGUACCAGCAAUAAACUAUUGAGCGUGGACGCGGAGCAAAUGUAUCGCGAGCGCAUGGCAGAUCGGCUCAAAAAGGAUCACAACGAUUUGGAGAGUCUCGAAUUGAUGCCAUUCCCAAUAGUGAUAGUUGGUAGCAAAUAUGAUCUGUUCAAAGAUUACGAUGCUGAGCUAAAACAACAUAUUUGUCGUUGUCUGCGUUCCAUGGCACAUCUUAUUGGCGGCAGCGUGCUCUUUUAUUCCAAUAAAAUACCGAAAUUAGCGAAAACCCUACGCGAUACAAUAAGUCACUUGGGUUUCGGCAGUCCAACGCAUCCAUUUCGCGCGCAUGUGACCGACAGCGCGGAUGCUUUGUCCAUUUGGUUCGGCACCGAUAGCUGGGAUCAGAUCGGCAGCGUUGGUGUGCUAAGUGUUGAGCGUAUCGGCUCACUGUUAGCUGCCGAGGCGCCACAGCUAAAUGAGGUGGCCAAGAAGCGUUCUGCAAAAUCGAAAACACAUAUGAAUGAUCCCGCCAAGGAUCCAGGGUUUCGUGAGAGCGUCAUCGAUGAGAUGCGCGCACAGAAGGAUAAAGAGCUGCAAGCGAUUAUUAAGGAAUCACAAUUGCGUGGACAGUUCGAGUCAAUUGUUUAAGAUGGUUAAGGUAGAGAAUAUGAGAACGGCGUAAAAUAAAGGGAAUGUGUAUGUCAAUUUGUAAAGCUGUGCCUGUUAAGCUCAAAUAAUAAAACUGUUUAAAUCU